AACAAGGGCGGUAUGAAUAAAGAGGAAUUUCCCGUCGGAAGUGCCUCGGUGUGAAUAUGGAUCAAUUGUUCUAUUUAUAUCUUGAUCAGCUGAUGCAGCGUACGAAGAAUGUCUUUAUUCCGAGAUUUUACACAUUGUCAUUAAAUUUUGGUGAUCAAAUAGUCAAGAGGUUUUGCGGUCAUUCAUUCAGUAUGAAAGGCACUUGAAGACCGUCAGACCAAAACAAGAUUCAUUUAGUGGGCAUUCAUCUAUAACCGAGGACAAAUAAGUCCUUAGGAUAAAAUGACGGAUAAUGGUAAAGUUCUUGAAGUUAAGCGAGUUGAGUCGGAGGAGUCCCUUGAUGAAGGGGAUUUAGAGGAUUUCAUCCCGACACCCCCAGAUGGCGGAUGGGGCUGGAUGAUAGUCUUAGCUUCGUUGGUUUGUAAUAUCAUCGUGGACGGUAUUGGAUAUGCCUUUGGAGUACUUCUGCCAAUAUUCGCGGAUUAUUUCUCAGCACCAAACAGCAAAGUUGCUUUGGUUGGGUCCCUGUUGUGUGGAGUUUAUCUGUGUGCAGGACCGAUAGUAAGCGGGCUUGUCAAUAGAUUUGGAUGCCGAGCAGUCGCGUUCACAGGGAGUAUUGUCGCAUCUGCAGGAUUCAUGUUGGGAUCAUUUGCUCCAAAUUUAGAUUUACUUAUAUUAUUCUACGGUGUUUUUGGAGGUCUUGGUUUUGGAAUGAUAUAUUUACCAUCUAUUGUAAGUGUUGGCUACUAUUUUGAGAAGAGGAGAGCUGUAGCUACAGGUAUUGCAGUAUGUGGCUCAGGUAUUGGUACCUUUAUUUUCUCUCCGCUGAAUGAUUACUUGUUGAAAGUCUUUGACUGGAGAAAUUUAUUAUUCUUACAAGCAGGAAUUAUUCUGAACUGUCUCGUGUGUGCAAUGUUAAUGAGACCGUUAGAGCCAAAAAAGAAAGUGAAAAAGGUUAUUACCGAGGAUGACAAGGACGAAAUGCGCCAUCAUUUCAAGGUCAAAGCUCAAAGAAACAGGAGAAUCACAACGGAGUCAGAGUCUAGUGUUCAAGACCUCAAAACAUUUGCCAAAUUGAGAGAGGCAAAACUUAUGAGAGAAAAUAAAUUGAACGAAGAGGAAUCCGACAUUUGGUCAGUACCAAGUGAAUUUUUUGUCAAAGGAAACCCAGAAAGCAACCCUAGUAGUCCAACAGAUACUCCGAAAAUCAUACUAUCCCCCAACGAGUCUGUGACAAAUGCAGAGUCGUCCAUCAGAUCGUCCAUCAGAUCGCAGACGUCUAAUACAGAUAAGAAGGUGACAGUUUCUGUAGACGACAAAACAAAAGAAUCGCAACCAAAUAUAGAAGUAAAUCGGCCAUCAAAUGGAAUAGCUAUUGCUGCUUACGAAGUUCAACCAUUGAUAGAAAAUGGCUACACAAAAAUUAAGGAGAAAAAGUCAAGGCUGCAACCACCUGCUGGUUCACAAAUGAAAAUAGGAUCAUAUCGAGAUAUUGUUGCUCAUAAAGACGAUUUUGCUAGACCAUUGUAUAAAAAAGACAUAUUUUACAGCGGAAGUAUCGUUCAUAUCCCACAAUUCCGUUCUCAACCCAAUAUGGACAGCUAUGUAACUAGCAUUACAUCAAUUCCAGGUGUGUCAGAGGUUCCAAAAACAUCAGUAUGGGAUCACUGCACAUGCUUGCCAAAAUCCGUCGUAGACACAUUAAAAGAAAUGUUAGACUUUUCCUUAUUGUUAGAUUUAAACUUUGCUUUGUUGUGUCUAGGAAACUUAUUUGCCAUGUCUGGAUUUUAUGUUCCUUUUACAUUCCUCGUUGACCAAGCUCAGCGGUUAGGAGUCCCCAGUACAGAAGCAGCUUUCCUUCUUUCAGUUAUCGGUAUUGCCAAUACCAUUGGUCGAGUUUUAGCAGGACUGUUGGCUGACAUGAAGAACGUCGAUGCACUUGUUAUCAACAAUGUAGCCCUUGUUAUCAGUUCAAUCAGUCUGUUUCUCCAGCCACUAUGUACAACAUAUGAACUGUUGAUUGUAUUCUCAGUUAUUUAUGGACUGUGUGUUUCUGCUUACAUCUCACUGACAUCGAUUAUCUUAUGUGACCUACUGGGACUCAGUAAGCUGACAAAUGCUUUUGGUUUGUUAACAUUAUGCCGUGGUAUUGCUGGUAUAUACGGCCCUCCUUUGGCAGGCUAUGUCUUUCAACUGAGUGGCAGUUAUGAUGCAUCUUUCUAUCUUGGAGGUGGAAUGUUUUUAGUAGGAACGUUAUUCCAUUUAGCGUUACACUUACCGUGUGUUAAACGUAACAAUACAUUAGCACACGACACAGAAAUGGAAUUUAUGGCUGACGAUCCUUCAGAAGAGCCAGUGGCGGUAUAGAUUAUGAUUUCAAUUCAUUUAGUUUACUGUUCUCAAUUCCUUUGUCAAUUGUCUCCCGAGGAACGAUUUUAUUACUGAUAUUUUAUAAUUAUCAUUGUUUCUUUAUUUAUCCAUUUUUCACUAUGUGGUUUAAAUGAAGAUAUAGAAAAUAGCUUGUCUAUUUUAUUCAUGCUGGAUUGUCUUUUGACUUUAUUUCUGCUGUUAUAUAAGUUCACGUUUCUUACAUGCGUUACAAUCAUACAUUCAAUCAGAUGUCAGCGAGACAUGCUUUGUAGUAUUAAUGCUUUAAUUAAUUUCUUUUUCCUGCUUUAAAUGCAUUUAAAAAAAAAAAUUGUCUCCGAUUGUUAAAUAGAAUUGCUAAAGUAAGGAAAUGGAGCCCCUUACUUUAGUAACGCAGAUAACUCGUUAAAUGGGUAAGGCGUUUGCAAUAUAUGGAGUCAGCUUCAUAAAUGUAUUUUUAAUUCACAAUUCAGAAACUUGCUUGUUAAAAAACAUAAAAGAACGUGCUAUAUAUAUCACAGAAUUAGAACAAUUGCAUCAGGCUUAAAUAUAUAAUAUGUUGAUGCUUUUUUUCAAUUUUAGUGAGCAUUAUUUCAUGUAUUCAUAUUACUUUUAUAUUUGAACAUGCAAUGCAGCAAAUACCAAUUAUGUUCAUAUUUGAUGUUUAUAAUUAAAGAUGAUUUUUAUGCGUCAUGAUUGUAAAGACAAUUCUAUUUUGAAUCAUGAUGUUUGUAUCUUUUUCACAUUGUUAGAUCCUAUACUUUGAAAUUUUAUCAAGAUUAUCAGUUCUUAGUGUAUGUUGCUCUUAAUUUUAUGAUUGUAAAUUGGGAUACUUCUUCAAUUGAACAUUUAUAAGCGGUUUACCUUUAGUUCAGCUAGAACUGCAAUAGGAAUUUGAAUAUUUUAUUGUAAACAAAUAUACAUGUAUGUGUGUAUUUUGUACAUGAGUUGAGGUAUGCAUGUGUAUAUUUUAUUUAGAUUUUGUAUGGUAAUUGGAAGGAUAACAUGUAAGCAAGAAUAGUAUGCACCUAGAUUUAAUGUUGAAUUUGAAUAAUAUGGUAUAUAUAUUUAUCCGUAAGGAUGUUUUCAUUUUACAUUUGUAUAAAUGUGUUUUAUUGUUUACCUUUGCAAAGCUUUUUAUUUAUAUGUGUGUUUAUUAUUUUUAACAACACGAUUAUUUAUGAAUGCUAUUGUAUAUCCGUUUUUUCUUCCCAAUUUAAUAUUUAAACAUGUUCAUUUUUGUAUUCUUGUGUGAAAUGAAAUCUUUAUUUAAUGAAAGAAAAAUAAAUGACAACAAAACAAUUAUUCAAUAGUUAUGGAUUAUGUAAACAAAUUUACACUUUCUAGAUCAAUCAUGUUAAGGCAAUAUUUAUAUAACAUCAACUAUAAAAGACGAUUUAAUAGGUACACUAUAUAUAGUGGUUCUUCAGACUUUUUUUAAAAUACCAAAGAUAAGUCACAUAAACCAAUACUUUAUCAUAAACAAUGCAUGCUUUACUGACAUGUUUCAAAUAUUUUAAACGGUUUAAAGACAAGAAGCAUUGGUUUAAUUUCUGACCAUAAAGAGCUUGGAGUGGAGAGUAGAAAUUACCAAGUCUGAGGUAGACAAAACUGACCAAGGAUACCACCAGGUUUAUAAUAGUGUACGUAAGAAGCAUGUUUUCUAAACAAUGACACUGACGUUCGAAACAAAAAGGUUAAAGGGCUUAAAAAAGUACGAAGUUAAAGACCAUUUAGAUCAGUCCGAAGAGUUUUGUCAAAUAUAUCUAAAGUAAUAUAUUCCUUCGGUAGAAAACCCGUAGUGCUUCGAACAGUUCAAAGUUUUAUCAUAUGUACUUCAAUUGACUGGAUAUAUGUUUUUAUCGAUUUUUUUUCAGCACGUUUUAAGUCUGACCACCUAUCCUAAGAAAACUAUGAUGCUUCAUUUUUAUUACGGGUGAUAUUCAUUUCUUGCUUUUUUUAAUGAGACAAAUUGUCUACUAAGUCUUUUCCUUGAAUUGAUGAAUUAUUGUAAACUUACAAAUAUAGUAUAUAUUUAUUUAUGGUAUGUGUAUAUUUGAAAUUCUUAUAUUUAUUGCGUUUUUACAUGUUUGGUCAGUUCUUAAAUAUAUACAUCUAUCACCAGUUUCAAUAUAUUAUUGCGUGGCAUGCACAAAAACAUUUAAACAAAUUGAAGCAGGAUAUGUACAGUCAUUACGUGUUUUCCUGUGACUACAAGAGCUGUCGAUAUGAUUAUAAAGAACAGUAGAACUGUCUUAGUAUGAAUAGGCUGUUCACAAUAUGGAGUAUUUGGUAUUUCUUAUAUUUUGUUUAAAUGGGACUUGACUUUUAGUGAAUAAUUAUUUAUAUACAAGAGUUCAUAGAAAUGUCUGUGUUUUGUAAUCAUCGCUUACACAAUAACUGCAUAAGAACUUUUAUCACAUUUAUCAUCAUUCAAAGACUUAUACAAGAAAAACAAUUUAUUUUUUUGCAUUAAAUGUGGAAAAUUCUACUCUUUGUAUAUUCAUGUAAUGUUUAGUUUUUGCUAAUGAACAAUGUCAAGAUUAUCUUAAGUGUCAUACUAAAUGUCAGUUGUAUUAUAAGAAAUUCAUUUUUUUUUAAUUAUAAAAUGUUGACUUUUGCCAUGUAUUUUAUUACUGUAAUAAAAGAUGUAGGAGAAAGA